CAGGUCUUCCACCAUGAUUCGUAAUGUUCCAUUGAGUCGACGACACAACGAUUCAUUCUGUGUUACUGGUCCAACAUUGCUUAAAACUAAAACUGUACCAUUCCAUACAAGGCCAUUUCUUUGGGACCCAGUACAGAGAGCCCAAACAUCACUCUUACUUGAACCAAGUCAGAGGAAUAAGUUUAAAGAAGAAGAGAAUCUUUUAGAGGAAGUAAGAGGAUUGAAAAGAAAACGUGAAGUGAUACCACACAGAAUAGAAUAUGGUGAUCUAACUGUGGGGGGAAUUAAUACCAGAUUAAAUGAAAGAAUGGAUUAUGGAGAAGAACUUCAAAAAAUCAAAGCAUUGCCCCAAAUACCACCACAGUGCCAGGAACUUUAUACAGGGAGAGGAAUUAAAUUACCACCAAGCCACUCAUCCAAUCGGCAACCACUCACAAAAAUUGUUUCUGCACCAAUGCCUGCUUUGCGCAAGACGGCAUCAUUUGCCGUGCAAACUGAGGACCCAAUGCUCCAAGAACGAGAAGACAAACAGGAACAUUUUAAAGUACAGCCUCCCGCAAAGAUCAAGAGACAGUCUUCAAUUGUCAGGAAGUCGGUGAAACGGAAAGACAGCAUAAGUUUGAAACCUGAAAAAGAACCCAAAACUCAGAUGGAGAAUGAACACAUGGAAGAUGAUGAAAUUCCUAAAGAACCAAGUGUUGAGGUAACAAUUAACGAACAUGAUACUAUGGAAACUGAAGACAUACCACCAUCACCACCUCCGCCAGAAGACAG